AUGGCAGGCGGCGUCGCGCCCCCAGGCGCUCCUCAGCUGGUCGGCGGCUACCUCACCGGCCGCGCCCUCAUCUUCCCUCUCUCCCUCGUCAUCUCCCUCUUCUUCCUCUGGGGCUUCUCCUACGGCCUCCUUGAUGUCCUCAACAAGCACUUCCAGACGGUCCUCGGCAUCUCCAAGCUCGAGUCGACCGGUCUGCAGGUCAUGUACUUUGGUGGAGGUUACCUUCUCUUCUCCCCCGUGGCCGCAGAAUGCCUGAGCCGCCGCGGCUACAAGUUCACCAUCCUCAUGGGUCUGGGGCUCUACUCCCUCGGCGCCAUCCUCUUCUGGCCCGUCGCACACGCCUCCACGACGACAUCCAACACCCGCGCCAUCUUCGGCGGCUUCUGCGUCUGCACGCUCGUCAUCGCCUGCGGUCUCGCGACACUCGAGACCGCUGCGAACUCGUACGCUGUUGUCAUCGGCAAGCCCGAAUCGUCCUCGGCACGCCUGCAGUUCUGCCAGUCUUGGAACGGAGUCGCCUCCUUCAUCGGACCCCUCAUCGCAUCCAAGUUCUUCUUCGAGGGCGAGAACGCAAACUCCCUGACCAACGUCCAGUUCGUUUAUCUCGCAGUCUCCUGCGCGGGUGUAGCUGUUGCCGUUUUGUUCUUCUUCGCCCGCCUUCCGGAGGUGGUGAAGGAGGAGGUCGCCGAAGACGCCGACCACCCCAACGUUGACGUCCAAGGCCCAAUCUACAAGCAAUACAACCUCAUCUUCGCCUGCUUCGCCCAGAUCUGCUAUGUCGGCAGCCAAGUUACGAUCGCGACCUUCUUCAUCAACUACGCGCACGAGAACGGUGGCUUCAGUACCAGCCAGUCCUCCAACAUGCUCUCGUACGCCCUCAUGACCUUCACCGUGGGUCGCUUCGUCGCGACCGCCCUGGCGACGGUGUUCCAGUCCGACUUCCUGCUCGUCGUCUACGCCGUCUGCGCCAUCGCUCUCAACGCGUACUGCGUCGCGGGCCGGGGCGGCGCCGCCGUCGGCAUCCUCAUCGCCCUCUUCUUCUUCGAGGCCCCCAUGUACCCCUCUCUCUUCGCUCUCGGCACGGCCAACCUCGGCCGCCACACCCAGCGCGGUGCCGGUAUCAUGGUGCAGGGUGUCGUCGGCGGUGCCAUCUUCCCUCCCAUCCAGGGCGCGAUCGCGGACGCCGCCGGCACGCGUACCUCUUACGCCGUUCCCCUCGUCGGCUUCGUCUGUGUUCUGGGAUACGUCACGACUCACUGGCUUCGUAACGGCCGUCACAUCAUGCGCGUUAAGGAGACGCCUGUUGCUGAGACGGAGGCUGUUGAGGACAAGGUUGCGCUUGAGGAGAAGAAGGACACCGCUGCUUGGGUUGAACGCGUGUAA